CGCCAACAUCGUCCAGCGUCUUACACCCAUCUCCUUGCUCCCUACCUGAGAAGUGUACAAGGCCCUGAAGAUGGCGCCACCACUGUUCAUCCUGGUGCUGGCGUUGGUGGUGAUGGCAGCGGCGCCUCUCCUGGCCGAAGAUUUAGAUCAUUGUCUGGGGCUAUUACCAUGCAUCCAAGGCGGCCAGUUUGUCCCUCACGGCACCGUGUUGGCCAGCCUCCCUUACAAGUGUAUGAGGAUUGUCUGCGACAGAGGCUCUGCUGUGCCCCAGUUUGUCGGCGACGAGAAGGCUUCUGGCUGUUGUGAGUUCCGAGGGAACAUCUACCUGCCUGGCCUAGUAUAUCCUGCUGGCUGCACCAAGAUGACUUGUGAGGGCGGCAACUGGAAGCCCACGGGAGAGAUUGAGAGACAUUGUCCGCGGUGCGAGGUCGCCAACGACCCCCACUUCUGGAACUACGACCGUCACAGGUUCGACUACCACGGAGUCUGCAAAUACGCCAUCUCCCAGAAAGGGAACAGCCUCAAUCCCGAUUACGGCAUCUUCGCACAGUUCCAGCGCUGCUACAACAUGCCCUCUUGCGUCCAAAAGACCACCUUCAAAGACAACCGGGAGCUUCAGAUUGAGAUAGGAGAAUGGGGACUCGCUUCUCCAGGCAUUUUCAAGAUUCGUGCAAACGGUAGAGAGAUUGAGGUGCCAGCGGGUCCCUACGCCCAGAGGGUGACUGCCGGAGGAGUCAAGCACAAAGUCCUUGUCUGGCGCCAGGGAGAAUGUCUCAGAAUUCUGGGCUCUCAAGGUCUUGUGCUCCAGCACUGCAAGAAUCGCUUCGACGUGUGGGCCAACCCUAAUCUACAUCCUGAGCUUCGCGGCUUGUGUGGUAUUCCGGACAAGAACACUGGCAACGACUUCACUACUAGGAACAACGUGCCGUAUAACCCUACGUCCAGCGCCCCUGCUGUGUUCGCCGAGUCCUGGAAGACACCGGACCAGGCCAACCCCGCCUGCAGAGCCGCCGGGAGACGCAGGAGAUCCAUCAACAAGGAGUCUCAAGCAACGCUCAAACAAUGCCAGCAGGACAAUGUUUCAUGGAAGAGAAUGUUGGCACUGUGCCAGCAGACUGUUGGUGGGGCAAAAUCCAAUGGCCAGGGUGCCUCUGGGGAGCUCAGCCAGGUGCUUGUGGAUUCGUGCGCCUUUGACCUGUGUAUGAUCAGCAAAGGCUCGCCAGACCCGGAGAAGGACACUGCGAAGUGGCUGGGUGAGGUGAAGGUCAUGGCUCAGGAGCGAGUCUUCAUUGAGACUAUGGUUGUGGAGUGUGACCGGGAGAAGGAACAUUGUGAGGACCUGCCUAAGGAGGUCGUAACGACACCCAACCCCUGUACGAAUCCCAUCGACUUGAUCUUUAAUCCGGGAUGUUAGGGACUGAAGCCAAUUCAGCACUUCUUCCACAAUUAAAAUCACCACUUCUUCCUGCAGAGACGGAUGAGCUAUUGACGGACCACAUGGCGUUGGGAAGCUCGCAAGUGUGAAGACCGAAGAGAUGCUGUAAUAUUUAGAUACAAGCCCCUGUAAUAUUAGACUAAAGACCCGUAAGGUGCUGUAAUAUUGGGAUACAAGCCAAUAAGGUGCUGUAAUAAUUGGAUACAAGCCAAUUCAAUGCUGUAAUAUUAAGAUACAGACCCAUAAGGUGCUGUAAUAUUGGGAUUCAUGCCAAUGCAAUGCUGUAAUAUUAAGAUACAAACACAUGAGGUGCUGUAAUAUUAGGAAGGAGUCCAAAGAGGUAUUGUAAUAUUAGGAUACAAGCCCAUAAGGUGCUGUAGUAUUAGGAUACAAGUCCAUAAGAUGCUGUAAUAUUAGGAUACAGAUCUAUAAGGUGCUGUACUAUUAGUAUAUAUACAUAUGAGUUUCUGUAGUAUUAGUCUGCAGGCCCAUGGAGUGUUGAACUCUUAGAAUACAUGUUAAUGGGGUGAUGUGUAGUAAUGGUACAUAUCCCUCAUUAGCACAUAUAAUCAAGUGCAGCCUCCAGCCUGUGUGCUUCUGAAAAAGUACUGUUUAAGUGCCCUAACCUAACCUAACAUUAACUAACCUAAUCUAAAGUGUAAAUGCACAUGUCAGCAUCAUAUUAGAGGAGAGCGCAUUCAUGUUGCACUUGUUUUCGUUAUAUAGUCAGCAAUUUAAUGUGAAAGUUUAAAUAUUUUUGUUCAAUAAAGUUAGACAUUUACUCUUAAUAUCGGGCUGCAAGAUUCUGUCACUUAAUAAUGUUUAUAUACAGUUAUAAGUGAAGUUUCUCUUUCUAUAAAAUGCAAUUUGAAAA